GUGUUGAAAAUAACGAGACGUAUUGCAGGAGGACAAGAUGCUGACAUAGCGGAUUAUCCAUAUCAAGUCUCACUGAGUACCGAUGGACUUGCUUUUUGUGGAGGUUCACUGAUAUCUUCAACUUGGGUUCUCACUUGCGCUCACUGUCUCAAAAAUAUUACAGCCGCCCAAAUAACAGUCCUCGCUAACUCCUCCCAUAUCAAUGACGGUGUGAAAAGAUCAGUCUCCCAAGCUAUACCUCACGAAAAUUUUUGCUAUGACACCGGAGACAGCGACCUCGCCCUGCUUCAACUUUCAUCUCCUCUCGAGUGUGUCAACUGUAAACCGAUAACAUUAGCUAGAAAGGAACCCAAAGUAGGAGACUAUCUUGUUCUUACUGGAUGGGGAAGAAUAAGUGAAUUUGAUACCAGUGACGGUACCGAGAUACUUCAGUACGUUGAGAUUCCAGUCAUCGAUAGAACUGUCUGCAGAGAAAUGUACAGCCAUACUGUUGAAAUCAUAACGGAUAAUAUGAUCUGCUCCCUUUAUCCCGGAGGUGGUAAGGAUUCUUGUGUUGGAGACUCAGGAGGACCGGCUGUUGUAGAUGAUGUAUUAUUUGGUGUCGUAUCGUGGGGUAUAGGUUGUGCCGAAGCACAGUAUCCAGGAGUAUAUACCAGUGUUCCGAAGUUUUUAGAAUGGAUUGAAAAGCAUACUGGCCUAGAAUUGAAUUAAUAUAAAAUGUUGUUGAUGGUGAUGCACAGGUAGUUUAUUUCACUCGAUUCUGAAUAAACUUGUUUGAGUUAUUGAUGAAAUUUUGAA